AUGUCCGGCUUCGAGAUCGCCGGUAUCGUUCUUGGCGGCUUUCCGAUCCUUUACGAAGCCGCCAAGACAGCCAAGAGUCGCUACAAAGACCUGAAGUGGUGGUGGCGGAUCUCCCACAAGUCGGUACGGAACACCUUCAUGGGCAAGCAGCGCGUUGAGCGCUCUGCCCAAGGCCGCGCCAGCCUUUUCACCAUUGGCGUUCUCCUGGUCGAGCUCCUCUUCCGCAAGAGUUUAGAAAGCCUCCCGUUACGCGAACAGUACCUUGGGAGGGUAGGUAUGGCGGACUACACAGCAGACCUCUGCACGUCUAUCCAGCGGCAGAGGCAGGUUGAGGCCGAGUUUGGGGACAAGAUCGCGGAUGCCAUCAGGCGGUGCGUGCUGUGCGCAUUCGAGCCGCAGCCAGACCUCAGUGACUCAACCUUUAUACGGGCGCUGAACAAUGCUGUGAUUUUAUGCAUCCGCGCUUGCAUUUCCCUAUGCGCAGGUUGUGGCGGCGUCCCAAUCCCAGCCACGCCAGCCCCAGCAAUUCCUGGUGUGCUCGAUAUGAUAAAGAGAUAA